AUCCACUGAACUCUCUCCCCGAGCACCGCCAAGCAGCUCUCCACUCCCACCAUGCUGCUGCUCCACUCCUCUCCGCGCCUCCUCCUCCGCCACCGCCUCCUCCUCCCCCCGUCCCGCGACCUCCUCCCCGCCGCCUCCGCCUCCGCCCUCCGCCUCCGCCGCUCCGUCGCCGUCCGCGCCGAGCCGGAGCUGUCCACCUCGGCAGCCGAGCCUCCCCCGGGCGACGACGGCGAGGGAGAUGGCCCCGUGGAGCUCCGCACCCCGACGCUCUUCUCCAUCGACGAGAACCCCACCCCGCUGCAGACCGCCACCAGCGUCCUCCUCACCGGCGCCAUCUCCGUCUUCCUCUUCCGCUCCAUCCGCCGCCGCGUCCGCCGCGCCAAGGAGCUCAGGGUUCGGUCCGGCGGGGUGGAGAAGCCCAACAACCUGAGCAAGGAGGCCCUGGAGGGGCUGAGGCUGGUGAGCGCGUCGCCGAUCGAGGUCGACAAGCCGCCGUCGCCCGUGCAGGCGCUGCUCGGCGGGAUCGCCGCGGGGGUCAUCGCGCUCAUCCUCUACAAGUUCACCACCACCAUCGAGGCCGCGCUCAACCGCCAGACCAUCUCCGACAGCUUCUCGGUUCGUCAAAUAACAAUAACAAUAAGAACAAUUAUAAAUGGGAUAUGCUACCUAGCAACAUUUGUGUUUGGAAUCAACUCAAUUGGAUUAGUACUCUAUGGUCUCCAGCUCACUUUUGCUUCUAUCAUGGGCGAUGACAAUUCCAGCAGCGCUGCAGAGAAAAUCAGUGAGCAGUCCAACACAAUGGCAUCAUCUAAUAGCUCCACAGAUUCAACAAGUGACAACGAAUCAACUAGCAAUGAUAAGAGUAAAGGGUAGCUGGAGUGGACCGUGCAAAUGCACUAGCCAAAUCUUGGAGUACAUACAAUUGGAUAAUCUUUGUGGGCAUUUAGUUUUCUCAUCUUGAGCUGUAGUGUCAUUGUAUAGCGCAAAUAUGGACCAAUUGAAUUGCAAUUACUGUAGUAACAUUUCGGCUGAACAUGUACAAAGAAAAAAGGUAGCAAGCAGUUUUUUUGGGGACACUUUCUGAUUGCAACUGGAUGAAUAUUUUUGGCAGAAUCUACCCUUGUACUUGUGGAAUAACAUUAUAAUGACCCUUUGCUGUGAAAAUACCAUCUUUUAGAAGCC